AAUCUGGCUGUUGUGCUGCGAUACCAGGGGGAAUACGGCGAAUCAGAGUCGAUGAAUCGGCGUGUACUCGAGACGCGUGAAAAGGUUCUCGGACCAGACCACCCAGACACUCUAGUUAGCAUCAACAACCUGGCAGUGGUGCUGCAAUGCCAGGGAAA